AGCCGGUAUCCACUGAAACCAGAUGGCUGCUGAUAUAUAGCUUGAAGCUGAUGCAAUACUCUCCAUAGAUAACACAGGCAUCACGUCAGAGCGCUGCAGCUCAGGGGAGGAAACAGCAUCUCAUUACCAAAAAGCGACUCAGGAGUUUUUACCGCUCAUAGUCCUGAAGAAUAACCGGUACCAGCAUGCCUGUCAUCAGAACCCUCGGUAAGGUGGCCAAGCAGGCCCUGUUCAGCAACCCGGGGUGCAGCUGCCAGCCCCUGACGGUGGCUGUGCGCAACAUCAGCUUCUCCCCUCGGCAGGUGACUUCUGAUGCCAGCUUCCACUCUGUGUCCUUCUCAGAAACAGACCACCCCAAGGUGCUCAUUACAGGUGGCCUGGGACAGCUCGGGGUGGGGCUUGCCAAAUUGUUGAGAAAGAGGUUUGGAAAGAACAACGUCAUACUCUCUGACAUCAGGAAACCUCCCAGCAACGUUUUCCAUAGUGGCCCCUUCAUCUACUCAGACAUACUGGACUACAAGAACCUGCGGGAAAUUGUGGUGAACAACCGCAUCACGUGGCUGGUUCACUACAGCGCCCUCCUCAGUGCUGUUGGAGAGGCCAACGUGGCCUUGGCGCGCUCUGUAAACAUCACGGGGCUUCACAACAUCCUGGACAUUGCAGCGGAGCACGGGUUGCGCCUGUUUGUCCCCAGCACCAUUGGUGCCUUCGGUCCCACUUCUCCCCGAAACCCUACUCCAGAUCUUUGUGUGCAGAGACCUCGCACCAUCUAUGGGGUCUCCAAAGUCCACGCAGAGCUGAUGGGAGAGUAUUACCACCACCGUUACGGCCUGGACUUCCGCUGUCUCCGCUACCCAGGGAUCAUUUCUGCUGACUCAAUGCCAGGUGGUGGGACAACAGACUAUGCCGUCCAGAUUUUCCACGAUGCAAUCAAAAAUGGGAAAUUCGAGUGCAACUUGAGGCCCGACACGCGGCUGCCCAUGAUGUACAUUGACGACUGCCUGCGCGCCACGCUGGAGGUGAUGGAGGCUCCAGCUGACACGCUGAGCAUGAGAACCUACAACAUCAAUGCCAUGAGCUUCACCCCGGAGGAACUGGCCCAGGAGCUCCAGAAGCAGAUGCCCGAGCUGGAGGUCACGUAUGACGUUGACCACGUCAGGCAGGCCAUCGCUGACAGUUGGCCGAUGAACUUCGACGACUCCAACGCACGGCGGGAGUGGGGCUGGAAGCACGAUUAUGAUCUCCCAGAGCUCAUCCAGACGAUGCUUAACUACCUAAGCUCGGAGACUCGCAUUGCUCAUGCUAACUGAGGGACGCUCACCAUCGGUCCGAGUAUUCGUUGUACAUAAUGUAAAGACUGACCAAAGAGAAACCUGGCCUGUAUAUAAUCAUUCGCUCGCGUCUCGUAAAACCAGAAGGGCUCUGCUUGCCGGGGACACCGUGUCUCCAGGAUGUGAAGGUCAGUGCAACGGAGUCCAUCCCCCCCAGCUCCUGUCUACUACCCCUGCUUUGCUGUUUUGCCUCAUUUUUCUCCUUGAAAAUCUGAGUGAGGAGCAGUCUAUCCGCUGAAGCGAUGUCAAGGAUGACAACGCGGCCUGUAAAAACAUGUUUGGAUAAAGAAGAAGACUUGCAUGUUAAUGAAUUGUUGCAAAAAUCUAUUUAACAAACUGAGAAUGUUACAUUUUGUAAGUUUCCACCAGUUUUUUCUUUGGAGAUCCAAAUUAUUUUCUGCAAAAUUUAAAAGGAAUGUCAAACUUCAGGUUUUCUAGGCCUAAAGCUCCUGUAGCUUAGAUCAAGUUAAUUUCAUUUCUUUUUGUUGUGUCCUUUUGAUGCACUUUAGACAGAUUCAUAUGUUAAAUGAAUGACCAGAGUCUUAUCACCUAGCAGUGAAUCUGUAUUUUGAGCAGUGUGCCGCGAUUUAUUAUCAAGAACUAUUCUUCCAUUAUUCCAAUUUAUUUAUUCUCUCUGUUUAUCGGGGAGCUUCACAGAGUGAAAGUAUUUCUUAAGUGUUUCUAAACGUACCUGUCCUCUUUAAUAUUUUAUUUUUUCAUCAACUAUGUGGAAUUAAUUUUAAACACAAAAGGAAAUUGUUUCUCUUUAUGCCACAUUUAUGUUUCUGUACUUCGACAAUUGAAAUGAAAUUGGUUAAUAUGUUCUUCCAAUCACACAAGCUUUGACAAUAAACAUUUUUCCACAUA